AUGUCGAAGCGAUACGCAUUCGUUCCAAUGGACGAUGAGCCGGCGCCGGCGCCAUCAUCCAAGGACGACCGACGAGACCGACGAAGAGACGACCGAGACAGAGACCGAGACAGAGACAGAGACAGGCGGGAUCGAAAACGCGAUCGAUCCCACAACCGUUCCCGGUCACCACGCCGACACAAAAGCAGACGACAUGACGGCGACGCAUCCCCACGACAAGACCGACGCUCCCGAUCACCACCACCACCACGACGCGCACCCGACAGCUCCAAGCGCAGCACCCGCACCCACGAUGCCACCGCCGACGACACGGCCAACAAAAUGUCCGACCUACGCCUCAAGUCCCGCCAGCAAUACCUCGCCAAGCGCGAGACCGAGCGGCUGGCCCUCCUCCGCAAACAAGUCGCCGAGGAAACGGCUGAAUUGCGCUCGGGCGUGCGCCUGUCAGAGCGCGAAAAGGCCGAGUUCGCCAAGAACCGCGAGAUCCUGCGCUUGGCUGAGGAGCGCGCGCAUAUCGACGAUUACCAGGACGGGUACCGGCUGCCGGAUCAAUACGGCGGUGGGGCGGAUGGGAAGAGUAAGGAGGAUGCGCUGUAUAAGCGGCAUGUGGAGCGGGAUAUGUACGGGAAUGAGAAGCAUGUUACCGAGUAUGAGGAGUGGGAGCGGGAACAGACGGUGAAAGCCAAGGCGCAGAUACAGAGCCGCGAGCGGGACCAGGAGGAGGGGGAGUAUGAUUUUUUGUUGGAUGAAGAUGCUAUUACGUUCGUGCGGGAUGCGGCCAAGUAUGCGCAGCCUAGUGAUGGGCUAUCGCAGGAGCAGAGGAUUUUGAAGGACAAGAUUGAUGCGGCGGAGAAGGCGCAGAAGACGAUACAGGAGGUCCGGAAGAGUCUACCGGUGUAUGCCUACCGGGAUGCGUUCCUGGACGCGAUGAAGGAGUAUCAGGUGAUGAUCCUGGUGGGUGAGACGGGGUCCGGCAAAACAACACAGAUCCCGCAGUACCUGCACGAGGCCGGCUUCACCAACGACGGCAUGAAGAUCGCCUGCACACAGCCGCGUCGAGUAGCCGCCAUGAGCGUGGCCGCGCGUGUGGCGGAUGAGAUGGGCGUGCGCGUCGGCCACGAGGUCGGCUACUCGAUCCGGUUCGAGGACUGCACCAGCGACAAGACCAUUCUCAAGUACAUGACAGAUGGCAUGCUGCUGCGCGAGAUGGUGACCUCGCCCACCCUCGAGGGCUACUCGGCCAUCAUGAUUGACGAGGCCCACGAGCGGACGGUGCACACGGAUAUCUUGUUGGCGCUCAUCAAGGACCUGACGCGCGCGCGGCCGGAACUCAAGCUCGUCAUCUCGUCCGCCACGCUGAACGCGGAGAAAUUCAGCGCCUACUUUGACGACGCGCCCAUCUUCAACGUGCCCGGCCGCGUGCACCCGGUCGAUACCUACUACACGUCGGCGCCCGAAAGCAACUACCUCGAAGCGAGCCUGGUCACGGUGUUCCAGAUCCACGCGACGCAGCCCGAGGGCGGGAUCCUCGUGUUCUUAACAGGCCAAGAGGAAAUUGACAAGGCCUGCGAGCGCGUCGAAGAGAUCAAGCGCAAGCUGGGCAGCCGCGUGCCCGAGAUCAUCGCGCUCCCCAUCUACGCCAACAUGCCCUCCGAACUCCAAGCCAAGAUCUUCGAGCCGACACCCCCCAACGCCCGCAAGGUCGUCUUCUCGACCAACAUCGCCGAGACAUCCCUAACCAUCGACGGUAUCGUCUACGUCAUCGACUGCGGCUACGUCAAAGAAAACACCUUCAGCCCCGUCGGCACCACAGGCCAAUCCACCCUCGCCGUAGUCCCAUGCUCCCGCGCAGCCGCCAACCAACGUAUGGGCCGCGCCGGCCGUGUCCGACCUGGUAAAUGCUUCCGGCUCUACACCAAAUUCGCCUACCUCUCCGAAAUGGACGAGUCCCCCACCCCCGAAAUCCAACGCACCUCCCUCUCCGCCGUCGUCCUCCAGCUCAAAGCCCUGGGCAUCGACGACCUCCUCGGCUUCGACUUCCUCGACCCCCCGCCCACCGAACUCCUCAUCAAAUCCCUCAACAUGCUCUACGCCCUGGGCGCCCUCAACUCCUCCGGCGCACUCACCCGCGUCGGGCGCCAAAUGGGCGAGUUUCCCGCCGAGCCCAUGCUCGCCAAAGCCCUCAUCGCCGCGACGCAGGAAGGCUGUGUCGAGGAAGUGUUGACGGUGGUAUCCAUGCUGGGAGAGGUCGCGACUUUAUUCUUCCGCCCCAAGGACAAGAAAGUCCACGCUGACAGCGCCCGCGCCCGGUUCACUGUCAAAGACGGCGGCGACCAUAUCACGCUGCUGAAUGUCUACAACCAGUGGGUCGAGGCGGACUACUCCCCGAUCUGGGCCAAAGAAAACUUCCUCACCCAACGCUCCCUCACCCGCGCCCGUGACGUACGUGAUCAACUAGCCAAACUCUGCGAUCGCGUACUAGUCGACGGCGUAGUCGCCAACGGCAACCCCGACGGCGGGGGGGGUGUAACCCUCUCCUCCUGCGGCGGCAUCGCCAACAUGCAACCCAUCCUGCGCGCUAUAACAUCCGCCUUCUUCCUCAACGCAGCGCGUCUCAACCGCGGCGGGGACGGGUACCGCACGCUGAAGAACAACAUGACGGUGUAUGUGCAUCCGAGCAGUGUGGUGAAAUCGAUGGACCCCCCGCCGAAGGUGAUUAUUUACCAUGAGUUGGUGGUCACGUCGCGGGAGUAUGUACGGUCGGUGAUACCGGUUGAGGCGAGGUGGUUGACGGAGUUUGGGGGGCAUUAUUAUGAGAGGAAGGAUGUGGAGGUUUUGGAGGGGAAGAAAUUGCCUAAGGAGAGGAAUUGGGGUCUUCUGGUCGUCUUUCACAACGAGACGUCACAAAUUCCCCAGACACCGCACAACAUGGCGGCACCACCUCCACAACCGCCCGCCCGCUCGGGCAUGUCGCUGUACGCCAACCUGCUCGACGCCGACGGCUCGGCUUCCAUCUCGCGCGACCCGGUGCGUUUCAAGGACGACAAGAGCGAUGUGCCGGCUAGGAAGGCCAUUGAUCCGGCCCUUCGCUUCCAGCCCAUCCGCCGUCCCCAGCUCACCAAACCUUCCGCCAAACCAAAACCCGCCUUCCCCAAGCCCCCCUCUGCCGCUUCCAUCCCAUCCACAGGAACAGGCACAACAACAUCAAUCCCACCAGCAGCACCACCACCCACAGACGACCCCCCACCAGCACCCAUCCCCCAACCCCGCGCCACCCUCGCGGACUGGGCCGCCGACGACGACAACGACUACGCAGCCGCAACAGCCGCCAACGCCGCAGAGAAACGCCAGCGCGGCGGUCGACGGAACAAGAACAAGAAGAACCGUAAGAGUGAAGGGGGUUAUGCGCGUGAGACAGACUGGGAUGAGUUGUAUGACCCUGCAAGACCGACGAAUGUGGAGGAGUAUUUGAGGAGUGAAGAACGGGUCAGGGAGGUGAGGGAGUGGAGGGGGGUGUUGUAUGCGAGACGGUGGAGGGAGGAGGAUGAUGAGGGUGAGAGGGAAGGGGGGGUUCGUGGGAGGAGUGGGAACCAGUUCGCGCCUCCAGCAUCCUUCAACUUUGCACCACCGCCCAUGUCUCCACCCCGUGCUGCGGCUGCCGCUGUCCCAGACGACGCAACCGGCGACGACGCCUAUGCCAGACGACUCGCGCUAUCAGGCAUGGCACAACCACCCCCACCACCACCCACCGACGGAGACACCUCCACCAUCUCCCGUGCCCCCAUCCGCUACACCCAACCCCUCCACCUCGGCCCCGACAACGACAACGACAACGACGCAAUGGACAUCGACGUGAACACCACCAGCAACCCCACCCCCGAAACUGCCGAAGGUCCCUCUUCCCGCCCAGGCCAACAAGGUUUCGCCCAGCGCCUCAUGGCCAAGUACGGCUGGACCAAAGGCUCCGGCCUCGGCGCUUCCUCGACAGGUAUCACCACCGCGCUACGUGUGCAAGUCGAGAAGCGCAAGCGUCGCCCCGACGCAGAAGGCGGCGGGUUUGUGUCGGGGGGUGGUGCUAGGGGGCGGGUUAUCGCGCCGAAGAGCAAAUCCCAAGCUCAUUCUCAGUCUAACGCUGCUGCUUCUGAGAGUGGCUCGAGUGGGAAUGGCAAAUUCGGUCCCACGUCUGUGGUCAUCGUGCUGGACCACAUGCUGGACAACAUGCCAGAUCUGGAGGCGGAAGUCGAGGAUGCCGGGCUGGGUCAGGAGAUUGGAGAGGAGUGUGGCGAGCGGUAUGGGAGGGUGGAGAGGUUGGUGGUGGAUAUUGAAGGGCGGAGGGUGCUGAUUCGGUUUGUGGAGGCUGUUUCGGCUUUGAGGGCCGUCAACGCGCUUGAGGGUAGAGUCUUCAACGGCAACACUAUUGUUGCGCGGUUCUAUGACGAGGAGAAGUUUGAAGAGGGGAUUUACGAUGGGUAA